AUGGAGGACCCAGCGUCCGCGCUCCGCAGUCUGCGCGAUGCGCUCAAGGCGGGUAUCCAGGACGUGGACGACUUUACAUUCCGCCUCUCGUCCACGCUCGACGUGCUCGGCCUUGCCCCACCUGGAGGCGCGUCCAUUGUCGUUGCUGUCUCGCCUUCCUUCGGCGCCAAGGACACGGCAGCCGUCACCCGCUACCUGCCUGCCGUCCAGCAAGCACUGGUAGGUGCCGUACCGACCUUCCUUCCAGCUCUGGAUACGCGCGGUCAUGCCCUCCUCGACGCUUUCUUUGCGCCCCAGCCGCGCGCGGCCCCGCUCGAGAACACCGUUGCGCUCGCCGCAUACCUCUCCCUCAGCGCCAUGCUCGCUCCCAACCCGCCCACACCGCUGGCAGUGCCCGCGCGCGAGUUUGUGCUUGACACUCUUUUGCGCUUGACAAACCUAUACAGCGUUGACGCGCUGUAUACCGCCGUGUUCGGUCGCAGCGGGGACAGGACCAAAGGGAAGGGCAUUGACUCGGCCCUUUCGCUCAUGUGGGACGACGCGGUGCGUUCCGCUUGCAGCGUGCCAGCCAAGGUGGCCAACGCAGUGGGGCGGUGGAAGGACAAGGACGCAAGCAAGCUCGAGGUCCCAUCUGCCCUCGUGCCGCGGGCAUACUUUGACCGCUUGUCGGCUCGCAUCGAGGGCUUGACCUACACCGUCGCUCAGAACGGUGACGACCCGGCCCCGCUCCGCCUGUUACUGGAGAAACUCGUCACACUGGGACUCUUAACCCCCACCCCAGAACCCAGUCCAGCUCCAGCUCUCCUCCCGGGGUUCCUCCCGCGCACACUUGAACACCUCCACCCGCCAGCCCUUGCACAACCUUACCCGGACGCGUUCUUCCCGUCGCUCCUCCUCCCACUCGCGCCGGCGGCCUUGACAGCGUUUGCGGCCGGUUUCCUCACAUAUAUCCCGUAUCACUUGACGCCUCCGUCCCUCGAAAUCCGCCCAGAAGAGCGUGUCCGCCGCGCAGCGACGGUCCUCGCCCAGCUCCUUGGCCCGCCGGUCGUGGGAGGCGAGGCGUGGACAGCGGUACUUUCCGCCCUGCUCAAGAAGGGCGGCGGAGGGAGGGAGGAGAUCCAGAAUGCCCAGAGGCGAAUGGUGGUGGCCUGGGUUGGGACGGGCGGUGCGCCAGCCGCAAAAGCGUUGAUAGACGCCGUGAUGGACGCGUGGGGCGACCCCAAGCACAUCCGGUUCGGGUCGUACUCGCACCAGUUUAACCUCACACACACGCUCGUCCUCUCGCUCUCCCUUCUGCCGCCCAUGGACCCGCACCUCGUCGCGGUUUCUCACCGCGGCCGCUUCCUCCACGCCGUCCAGGCAUACCUCUCGCACCCAGACGGCAAAAUUCGUCGCCUGGGCAUGCUCGUCGCUGAGAUUAUCAGCGAACUCACACUCAUUGAGGACGGAGAUGGCGAUACGGGACCCAGCCCCGACGACGAGAUGGACGACCUCAAAGCGGCGCUCGAGGUUGACGACGAGACGGGCGAGCCAACGUUCAAGGCCCCAAAGCCGCCACGUGGGUCCAAGAGGCUCAAGUUUGGGGGUAUGUGGGACGGUACUGGGGACGGUAGGGAGGAGUGCCGUUUGCUCAGGCUGUGUGUUGGCUUGCAGGACGGCAACGCUAUUCUCUCGCCUGACUCCGGAGGCAAGGCGUGGAUGUUGGGUUGGGAAGUGGACAAGGUUGUCCCCGAGCCUGCCCCAGCGACCGCAGCGUCAAACCCGCCACAGCCUGCACGAGCCGAGCGCGGCCGUAAACCGCGCCGCUCAAAGCCUCAGCCCAAGGUCGUCAUGCUGGACGAUGACCAGCUCGCGGACCCGCUGCAGGGCUACGAAUCUGCGCGGUCGUCAUCUCGCUCGCCGUCACCCACACCAGAGUUUUUAGCCGAAAUCACCGCCGACCCGUCCUUGGCUGUCGAUGCCGCAAAGAAGCGCAAGCUCAAGCGGCCAGUGUACGUCCGCCAGCUCGCCGAGCUGCUGCGCGAAAAGGACAAGCCCGACAGCAUCGAGAUGGCACUCCAGUGGGGCGAGGGUCUCGUCCGUGCCAAACGCAACUUUGGAGGCGAGGUGACCGAGAACGCCGUGGCCGUAGCUGCCGCUGCCAUUGGGCUCGCCGACCCGUUCAAGCUUGACAAGUUUGAGGAGCGCCGCCAGGGGCUGCUCACUGCGCUGGUUGCGUGCUCGCCACGCAACGUACCACCAUACCUCGCCGAGCAGUACUUCUCUGCGAGCUACUCGCUCCUCCAAAAGUCCGUCAUGCUUACGGCCAUUUCCAUGGGCGCGCGCGAGCUUGCUGGCCUCUACGUCCCAGACGCACCACGGGCGAACCGCGCCAUUGAUUUCCCCACCAAGACUCUCCCGCCGGCUUUACACGCCCGCUACGUCGCUCCCGAGGACACACCCAUCGGGGGCCAGCUCGAGGAAGCGGUCGCGGGCAUGCGCAACCUCCUCCUGUCAAAGGGCGCCAAACAGGGCGAGGACACUGUUCCCGAACUUGGCCGCGAGCGCCGGCUUCGCGUCGGCGUCAACAAGCGGCGCAAGGUGCCCGACGGCGUCGUCGAAGUGGACAGCAUGGACGCGUCGUCGCAGCAGCCUCCCGUCGAGCCGUACACCGCCGUCGCGGCAGAGUACUUUAUUCUCCCGCUCGUAAAUCGUUUCUGGGACUACUUCCAGGAGGCGAGCGUGCGCGAGUCGCGUGCCAUUGGCCUCGGCGCACGCUAUCGCGGCGCAGGCACCGGUCUCGUGCUCUCCCCGCCAGCGCUGGAAAAGUUCCUCUUGACACUGGCGUUGCUCGUCCACGCGGCCCGCCACGCACCUACGUUCCUCGCCGUCGUGGUGCCCACCACCCUCGAGCUGGCCGUCACCGUCGGCGCGCGCCACCCCGCCGCGCCAGACGCGCCAGAGUCGGAGGGCAACGACGCACACGUCGUCGCCGCCGCCCUCGACCUUGCACUGGCGGGACUCGACGCCGCUGUCGACCUCGACAAGGGCCGGACACUUGCGGUCGAUGCGCCCCAGCUCGUUCUCGCCACGGGCGAAUGGGCCAGUGCGGUGUUUAGCGCCGAGAGUGGCGGCGGCAAGGUGGCCGGCGGCGCGGCCGGCAGGAAGGAAGGCAGGGUGCGUGCGGCUUCGGCGGGCGUGCUGGUCAAAGUGGCGGAGAUUGGAGAGAAGUGGGGCGCGCCGAGGUAG